AAUGUACCCCGUCAUCGGAGGAAAUGGACACGCCGGACGUCUCUUGUAAGUCCAUGGCCGUGGGUGAUUCCGUGUCAGAAGACAUGGCGUGGAGCCUCGUGUGGGGUGUGGGCGGGCUGCUGCUUCUGGUGUGGGCGCUGAGGACGCUGAAUUGGGCGUGGUGGACGCCGAGGCGGCUGGAGCGCGCGCUCCGGGCGCAGGGGCUCAACGGCACCCCCUACCGCUUCCCCAAAGGCGAUCUCAAGGAGAACGUGCGGCUCGCCGAAGAGGCGCUCUCCACGCCCAUGCCUCUCACCCACAACAUCGUCCCUCACGUCCUCCCUUUUCUCCAUCGCGCCAUCGACGAGUACGGCAAGAUAUGCUUCACUUGGUUUGGACCAGUACCCCGAGUGACGAUUAUGGAUCCCGAGUUGGUGAGGGAGGUUCUUUCCAACAAGUUCGGCCACUUUGGUAAGCCCAAAGGAAACCUCCUCGGAAGGUUUCUCGUUAGAGGACUUGUUUCGUACGAAGGCGAAAAGUGGGUGAAACAUAGGAGGAUUAUGAACCCUGCUUUCCAUGUUGAGAAGUUGAAGGUGACUCGUUGCCCCUGUUGGAGAUAAUCUUGUUUGUAGCUUGGUUUGUGUGAA